GCCAAUGGGGCGCGGGGGGCGUGGCCGCGGGGUUCUAGCAGCUUCCAGAGGGCGGCGCGGGAGCGGCGGGAGCGGAGCCGCGGCCAUGGAGGAGGCUCAGGAGCUGAAGGAGCGGGGGAACCGGGCUCUGGCGGCGGGGGACGUGGGGGCGGCCGUGGGGCACUACUCGGCCGCCAUCGCGCGGGACCCCAACAACCACGUCCUGUUCAGCAACCGCUCGGCCGCCUACGCGCGCCUGGGCGACUACGGGCGGGCCCUGGCCGAUGCCUGCCGCACGCUGGAGCUGCGGCCCGACUGGGCCAAGGGCUACUCGCGGAAGGCGGCGGCUCUGGAGUUCCUGCAGCGCCUGGAGGAGGCCAAGGCCACCUACGAGGAGGGGCUGGCCCGGGACCCGGGCAACGAGCAGCUCCUGCAGGGCCUGCGCGGCGUGGAGACCAGGCUGGCAGAGCGGAAGCUGCUGAACCCCUUCAGUGCCCCCGACCUGCUGGCGCGGCUCGAGGCCGACCCCGGACGCGGGGGGCUGCUGGGGGACCCCGAGUACCGGCGGCUGCUGGAGACGCUGCGCAGCGACCCCGGGCAGCUGGGGGCGAAGCUGCAGGACCCGCGGGUGAUGACGACGCUGAGCGUGCUGCUGGGCGUGGAGCUCAGCGGGGCUGAGGAAGAGGAGGAAGCCCCUUCCCCACCCCCCCCCGCCCCCCCCAGCCCCCUCCCAGCCCCCCCCGGCCGAGGAGCUCCCCCAGAACAAGCAGGAGGCACAGAAGGAGAAGGAGCUGGGUGAUGGUGGGAGGAUCUGGGUGUGUAAUUU